AUGCAUAUUGGAUUUACCAUUCUGCUCCUUAUGAUAUUCCACAAGAGGGCUGUUUUGUACAAUUUUCCGUCCAAGUGUGGAAAGGAGAAUACCCUCUUUGUUAACAGCAGCAUAAAGUUCAAGGAGGGUGAGAAGCGAUCAAGUCGCACAGCAAAUAAGCUACACUGCAUGAAAAAGCAGAUAAAGAAAAACCAAUUCCAUGACCGGUGUGCAAUUAAUAGGAAAAAUAAAAAGUACGCUUCCGGUGGCCGGGGGGGGAAAGGCGGUAAUGUGUACCUAAUUGGGGAUAAAAAAAUUGAUAAUUUUCUAAGCCUUAAAUUAAAAUCUUUUUACUAUGCUGGAAAUGGAGGAAAAGGAUUAAACAAUAAUCAAAAUGGGGAAAAUGGAAAAGACGAAUGCAUAAAUAUACCUGUGAAUACAAUUAUAUACGACGAAGAGAAGAAGUUUGUUAAUUUUAUUCAUUUAAAUGGCCAAACAGUGCUAAUCGCUUUGGGGGGGAAAGGUGGAAAGGGGAAUUACUCCUACAGAACUAAAAGUCUGAAAAUCCCAUUUGUCUGCCAAUUUGGGGAAAAAACAAAGGAAAAAAAAAUUUUCCUGAAAAAAAUAUUUUUUACCGAUUUUGGGAUUAUUGGCUACCCCAACGUGGGAAAGAGCACGCUGCUCAAUAGGAUCACCAACGCGAAUGUAAAAAUUGCCAACUAUAGCUACACGUCCAAGUUUCCGAACCUGGGGAUAUUUAGGCGCGACCGGGGGGAAGAAGCCGUUUUGGAGGAAAACCACCUUAUUGGCGAAAACGAGGAGGACGAAGCCGUUUUGGAGGAAAACCACCUUAUUGGCGAAAACGAGGAGGACGAAGCCGUUUUGGAGGAAAACCACCUUGUUAGCGAAAACGAGGCGGAAGAAGCCAUUUGGGAGGAUAAUCGCGAGGAGGCAGAAGACCUACUGGAGGGAGAAUCUGAUUCGACGGACGAUACAACGCAUGAGGAGGGCGAAAAAAACAUCACAAAAAACAACUACACAGUUAUCGACUUCCCGGGAAUCAUAAAAAACUUGGACAAAAAAGUAUCCAAUAUAUCAUACAAGUACUUGGAGCACCUGAAAUAUUGCAAAAUAUUAAUUUACAUGUUUGACAUAAACAGCAGUAGUGAUGUCCUACUCGAAACGUAUAGAAACAUAAAAGACGUUUUGGUGCAGUAUGACCCCAUUUUUAAAGGCAAAAAAGAAGUGGUGCUACUGAACAAAAUUGAUAUAUACAAAGGGAAGAAAGAUAAUGUGAGUAAUGUAAUUAACCAUUUAAGGGAAAACUUAAAAAUAGAAAACAUAUUUUGCAUCUCUGCAUUAACGGGGGAAAAUGCAGUAGAAGCGAUAAAUGAAAUAGUUUCAAAUAUUAAUGAUGAAAACAGUAUAAGUGAGUUUUUAAAAAGCUUGCCAGAGCCAAUCGAUAUUGCUAAAAUUGAAGAUAGUGACAACUUCCGGCCAUCUCAAUUUGAAAUAUACAAAUAUAAAGAAAAUGUUUUUAUCGUUAAGGGAAAAUAUAUCGAAAAUCAAGCCAACAUUUUUAAUUUUUCCAAAAGUGACACGUCAAAAAUUUUUGCCAAAAUAUUAGAUCAUUUGAAUAUAAAUGUUAAGCUGAAAAAUGUGGGUGCGAGGGAGGGUGAUAGGAUUAUCAUAAGCAAUUACUCAUACGAGUUUUCCCUCGAGGGGGAUUAG